AUGAUACGAGGCUUUCUCGACGGCGCGGCUGCGCUCCUUAGCUAUGGCUUCCGCGGCACAGCUGCUGCAUCCUGUUUCUCUUCGACGGAAACUGUUGUCCUACCAGUCAAUGCGGCCCCGGAUGAGCCCGUAACCGUCUGUUUCCUCUGGCCCGGCUCAAAAGAGGUGCUGAUGAAGAUGCCGGGCUAUCCUCAACCUUUAAGUAGGGUGUCCGAACCCACAUUUCGAGUAGGCGGGUCUGGAAGCAAAGGCCUUGGUCUGUUUGCCGCUCGUGCUCUCAGUCAAGGAGAGCUUAUUAUCCACGAACGGCCGUUGCUCAUUAGUGUUCGCGGGGUCCCUGUGGCUGUGCCUGCGAUGCUUGAUCAGGAGCAAACGACGAAAUAUCGGCUGAAGGAGUUGGAGCGACACCUGGAGGUCGUGGUCAAGGAAAUGCGACCUGAAGAUCGGGAUGUUUUUAUGUCCCUUGCGAAUAGUCAUACAACUGAUGGAUCGGGCCCUAUAGCUGGUCGAAUCCGAACGAAUUGCAUCAGUCUGAAUGGACUCUGCCCUGAGAUGAGUGGUCCGAUGGCGCAUUGCUGUCCCAAUACCACCACCAUUUUUCACGAAGCGUCUAUCUCCUACACGGUCUAUGCAACGCGGGACAUUGCGAAAGGCGAAGAACUGACGCUGUCCUAUUCCAAUGUUUGGGACACUGCAGCGAACCGUCAACAGACUUUCAAGCCAUAUGGAUUUGUCUGCGCGUGUGAUGCUUGUCUCGACCCCGUCAACUCUGACUGUCGUCGCGCCAAAAUUCGCUCAUUCAUCCCAAAUCUACAGUUGUGGGCCGCCAGCCGGUCUUUGCCUGACGACUGGCUCAUCAACAAGUGUCUCGAACAAAUUGCGCUUAUCGAACAAGAGAAGCUCGAAGGCGAGCCUCAUUACCACGCUGCUAUCAACACUAUCAUGGAGGCGUAUAUUUGUUUGGGCGAUUCGCCCAAAGUGCGAGAAUGGGCAGCACGCGCACGGAAAUGCCCGUGGGCGGACAGCAUUAAAAGCUUGGAUGCCCUGACUGCCCUGGAGUCACAUAGUCGCCACCCAUUGUGGCGCGCGGCGCGGAUUAAUGAGAAUCUAAAGGGUUGCGGGUCAUAA